AUGCCGAGGAAAUUAAUUGAAGAACUAGAAGAUUUAGAAGAGCAAGCAAUUGAGUCAGCUCCUUAUUUAGCUAGUGACGAGAGGGGAUCGAAUUAUAGAGAAUCUAUAGACUUGGUGCAGAAGGAAUUGGCUGUUCCCACUAAUACAAAUGUUGCAGAGAUAUCAAAACCCAUAAAACUAGAUCAACAAAAUGUUAAACCUUGGGUUCAUUUUGUGGCAGGUGGUCUUGGUGGUAUGACAGGUGCUAUUGCCACAUGUCCAUUUGAUCUAAUCAAGACUAGAUUGCAAAGUGAUGAAUAUCGAACAAUUUACAAGUCAAAGGCAACUACUACUUUACCGCGCUCAAAUUUUAAAUUGAUAAACCUUUCUGUGAAUGCAGGCGUACAUUUUAAAGAAACACUAGGUAUAAUCGGUAAAAUUUAUCAACAAGAAGGUUUUAGAAGCUUGUUUAAAGGUUUAGGCCCUAACUUAGUAGGUGUUAUCCCAGCAAGGAGUAUUAAUUUUUUCACUUACGGUACUACGAAAGAAUUAUAUACAAGAAUAUAUGGUAAUGGAAAAGAAUCACCGUUAAUUCAUUUCAUGGCAGCAGCUACUGCUGGUUGGGCUACAGCUACAGCUACCAAUCCAAUUUGGUUAAUUAAAACACGUUUACAAUUAGACAAAUUUGGGAACUCCAGAAAAUAUACAAACUCCUGGGAUUGUACUAAAAAAGUGGUACGUAGUGAAGGUAUUUUAAGUUUAUACAAAGGGUUAAGUGCAUCAUAUUUGGGUUCUGUUGAAGGUAUUUUACAGUGGUUACUAUAUGAACAAUUUAAAAAAGUAAUUUCCCAGAGAUCAUCUCAAAAAUUUGGUGCAGAAGAAAAUACAAGAUCAAAUAAGAUAAAAGAAUGGUGUCAGAGAUCUGGCGGUGCAGGUUUAGCAAAAUUUGUAGCAAGUAUCAUUACUUAUCCUCAUGAAGUUGUGAGAACCCGUUUAAGACAAGCUCCUAUGGAAAAUGGUAAAUUGAAAUAUUCAGGCUUAAUACAAAGUUUUAAGGUUAUUAUUAAAGAAGAAGGGUUUGCCUCUAUGUAUAGUGGGUUAACUCCACACUUGAUGAGAACCGUGCCAAAUAGUAUCAUUAUGUUUGGGACUUGGGAGCUGUUCAUUAAGCUAUUAUCCUAG